AGGUGAAACUUCACCUGCUUUUUGUUUUCAUAUGGGAAGAGAGUUUUAUUUUCUGAAAUGAAAAAAUAAUAAUUACAUUAAAAAUUAUAUAUUUAUGAUAAAAUUAAAUAAUUAGUUUAAACAUUAUAUGGAAUAAAAAGAGAAAUAUAAAUGAAAACAGAAGAUAAGUGAAAAAUCAUCAAAAUGGAUAAAUAUUCCAUUAGUGGUCGAAUAGGAGAAGGAGCACAUGGAGUUGUUUUGAAGGCAAUCGAUAAUACAAAUGGUCGUGAAGUGGCUUUAAAAAAAGUAUUAUUAAAAAGAAUUGAAGAUGGAAUACCAACAUCGAUAAUUCGUGAAGUUAAAAGUUUACAAACCCUAAAGCAUCCCUAUAUAAUUGAAUUGAUUGAUGCAUUUCCAAUUGGACUCGAUUUUGUGAUGGUGUUCGAGUACAUGCCAUCAGGAUUAUGGGAAUUAAUAAAAGAUAAUGAAAAUCCAUUAUUACCGUCACAAACAAAAACUUAUAUGAAAAUGUUAUUGGAAGGAGUUGCUUAUAUGCAUUCGAAAAAUAUAAUGCACAGAGAUUUAAAACCUGCUAAUUUAUUGAUAAAGAAAAAUGGUAUCUUAACGAUUGCCGAUUUUGGAUUAUCGCGAUUAAUGUGGGAAGAUGUUAGUCGACCUUAUUCCCAUCAAGUUGCAACCCGAUGGUAUAGAGCACCGGAAUUAUUAUAUGGUGCACGAUUUUAUUCAGCAUCAAUUGAUAUGUGGUCGGUUGGUUGUAUUUUUGGUGAAAUGCUUAAUAACGCUCCACUUUUUCCCGGCGAUACGGAUAUUGAACAAUUGGCAAUUGUUUUGAGACAUUUGGGUUCGCCAACAGCGGAAACGUGGCCAGAAUUAACGACAUUACCGGAUUAUAAUAAAAUAACAUUUCCUUACCAAAAAGGAACAUUGUGGGAACAAGUGAUUCCUGAUGCUCAAUCGGAAGCUGUUGAUCUCGUUAGAAAUAUUCUCCUCUAUAAUUCCUCAAAACGUUUGACAGCAAAUGAGGCAUUGCAUCAUCAAUAUUUCUAUUGUGAACCAUUUCCUUGUUCAGAAACACAGUUGAUUAAACCAUCUCAAGGUCAUCGAAGUCGAUUGAAACCUAAAGAAAUUGAUGUUAAUGUAAAAUUAUCCUUGCUUUUUAAAAAUAUUUUAAGUAUUACGUAAAAUUAAUUAUGUUUAAAAUAAAUUUUA